AUGACCAACCACGACGAUGAAAAUCGUCCGGAGGACCAGCCAGAAAUUGUGAGGCGACCCUCGCUCGUCUCCGCGCGCACCAUGUCCGACUUGGGUCGGCGGGCCUCCCAACACCACCAUGUGCGCUUUUCCACCGAUCUCGAACGACCCCCGGUCGACAACUUCUCCUCAAAUUCCAAUGCGACGAAUGCCGCGGACGCCAAUACCGACCGUCGUCCCAGUUCGCGCGGACUGACUAUCGACACGGCGCAGGCGCCGCCUACAGUCCAUUCACCCGUUCGCUCGCCUACCUCUCCCCUUUCCCCGAACACCAAUCCUCUUCCCCCUACCGCGACUCUCUCCCCGACCUCACCGCAGAGCCAGGAUGCCAAUGGUCGGUCACGAUCGCGGAACCGUGGAUACUCUUUGCGUCGGUCGAUCUUCAAUAAAAAUAUCACUUCUCCCUCCGACACGACGGACUCGCCUGUUUCCCCCGGAGUGAGCCCUCGCGCUUCGGCUGACAUUACGGAAAUUCCCCCGGUCCAGCACGCACCGAGCCCAAUCGAAGAGAAGAAUGAAUUGCAGAGUGCGCCCACGGUGCCAAUUGAGCCCGCCACGAAGGAAGAGGUCGCCACCUAUAUCGAGUCAGACCCUUCGGAGCGCCCGUUGAAGGAGUACAUGUCCGUCGCUCAGGGCAAAUGGAAGAAGAAGAAGGCCGCCGGAGCCGUGGUCGUUUCUCGCAUCGAGGCCUUCCUGACGGUCCUGCAAAAGUUCAUCCUCCGCAUCAAAGACAUUCCCCCUACCAAGGAUGGUCGCCAGAUCGAUCUCAACCCGUCGACGGUCGAUACUUUGGUCGACGAGCGUACCGGCAAACCGUAUAUCGGCAAUUGGAUCCGCUCCAGUCGCUACAGUUUCUGGAGCUUCUUCCCACGCCAGCUGUUUGCGCAGUUUACCAAGUUGGCCAACUUCUACUUCUUGGUUGUGGCUAUCCUGCAGAUGAUUCCUGGUUUGAGUACGACGGGAACAUUUACGACUCUUGUUCCGCUUUUGAUUUUCGUUGGUAUCUCGAUGGGUAAAGAAGGAUUUGAUGAUUGGCGACGUUACCGUCUUGACAAAGAGGAGAAUAACCGCUAUGCUUGGGUUCUUCGACCUGGUCAGGCCCCUGUCACUGAUGGCGCGUCGAUGGCUAGUGGUGCGCAUGACUGGGUUGAGAUUAAGUGGAAGGACAUCCGAGUUGGUGAUGUGAUCAAGCUUGAGCGUGAUCAGCCUGUCCCUGCGGAUUUCGCACUCCUGCACGCCAACGGUCCCAACGGAGUCGCCUAUAUCGAGACGAUGGCUCUGGAUGGAGAAACCAACCUGAAGAACAAAUCCCCCUGCCAGCCGGUGGCCAAGAUCUGCUCCACGGUCGACGAUAUCAUUAGUAAUGCGUUGCACUUUGUCGUCGAGGACCCGAAUAUUGAUCUUUACAAGUUCGACGGCCACGUCACGGUCAAUGCCCAGGAAAAGCUGCCUCUGACAAACAACGAGAUUGUCUACCGUGGUAGCAUUCUGCGGAACACUGAUUGCGCCAUCGGAAUGGUCAUCUAUACAGGUGAAGAGUGCAAGAUUCGCAUGAAUGCCAACAAGAACCCGCGUAUCAAGAAACCUGCUCUGCAAGGCAAGGUCAACCGUGUUGUCAUGCUGAUUGUACUUCUGGUCGUUAUCCUUGCCGUUGUGUGUACGGUCUGCUAUAAAUACUGGUCCCAGGAUGUGGAGCAGAACUCCUGGUAUCUCAGUGAUGCCUCGGUCGACUAUGGUCCCAUCUUCACUUCUUUCCUUAUCAUGUUUAACACCAUGAUCCCCAUCUCUCUCUACGUCAGUAUGGAGAUUGUCAAGGUGGCGCAGAUGCUACUGCUGAACGACAUCGACAUGUACGACCCGGAAACCGACACGCCUCUCGAAGCACGUACGUCCACCAUCAACGAGGAGCUCGGCCAAGUCAGUUAUAUCUUCUCCGACAAGACUGGUACCUUGACCAACAACUCCAUGCGCUUCCGUAAAAUGAGUGUUGCUGGCACCGCUUGGUUGCACGACCUCGACCUCCAAGAAGAAGCUGCCCGCGAAGGAGAUCAUCACAAGCUCAUUCACAAGAAGCGCAAUCUCAAGGGUAAGAAGGCCGCCAAUCGCAAGUCAAACGUCUCUGAGGCUCGCAUGGCGCCCCGACCUUCCAAUGUCUCGGCUAGUGCAGAUGCCUUGCGUCGCUAUGGCCAGGCCGCCAACUAUCGCACCGUCGAGAUGCUCGAGUACAUCCAACGCAAGCCCUACACCAUCUUCGCUCGCAAGGCGAAGUUGUUCCUCCUGUCUAUCGCCCUUUGCCACACCUGUAUUCCCGAGGAAGACGACACUGGUUCCGUCGCCUUCCAGGCUGCCUCACCCGAUGAACUGGCGCUGGUCCUUGCCGCGCAGGAGCUCGGAUAUCUGGUUAUGGACCGCCAGACAAGCACCUUGACGAUUCGAAUCCAUCCCAACGGUUCCAAUGAACCUGCCGUUGACGAAGUCUACGAAAUCAUGGAUGUGAUUGAAUUUUCCAGUGCACGAAAGCGCAUGUCCGUCGUCGUCCGCAUGCCAGAUCAACGAAUCUGUGUUUUCUGUAAGGGAGCCGAUACCACACUCAUGCGCCUGUUCAAGAAAGCCGAUUUGGCGCAGGAGAAGGCGGCUGAGAUCGAGCGCCGGGUGAGCAAGCGCAAGGCCGCGGAAGCCAAUCAGGUUAUUCGCCGCAAUAGCGAGUACCAGAGUCGCAAGGAUAGCGGGGUGCGAAACAGUUUCGCUAGCCGACCUAGCUUUGCGCGCCGUCGUUCCUCUGUUUCGGGUCAUCAUGCUUCUACCCUGCGCCAGAGCAUUGAUGUCUGGCUUCGGGAUCGGGAGACUGAGGGGGGUAUCCUCAAUAGGGAUGAUGCUCAGUAUUACAGUCCCCGUCCUUCGGCACAGAUGAGCAGACACUCGGCUGCGUUUUCGGACUCUGGAAGCUCGACUAAUGGCGAGGAAGAAGAGGAUCUGGUCGAAGAGGCUCUUGCUGUUGACGAGGCUGUUAUCUUCGAGCGAUGCUUCCAGCAUUUGAAUGAUUUCGCGACUGAUGGUUUGCGUACGUUGCUUUAUGGUCAUCGAUUCUUGGAUGAGGUGACGUACAAAACCUGGAAGACUGCUUAUCACGAGGCUAGUACUAGCAUUGUGGAUCGUCAGCAGAAGAUUGAAGAGGUUGGCGAGCAGAUUGAGCAACAGCUGGAGCUGACGGGUGCUACUGCCAUCGAAGAUAAGCUGCAGAAGGGCGUCCCUGAGGCGAUUGAAAAGUUGCGUCGUGCCAAUAUCAAGAUGUGGAUGUUGACGGGUGACAAGCGUGAAACUGCUAUCAAUGUUGGACAUUCUUGCCGCCUGGUCAAGGAUUACUCGACUCUUACCAUCCUGGAUCAUGAGAACGGUGAUGUUGAUGAGACUAUCUCUCGUCUGACCCAGGACAUCACCCGCAGCAAGGUUGCUCACUCUGUUGUGGUGGUUGAUGGACAGACUCUAUCAACUAUCGAGGCGGACGAGAAUAUGCGUGAGCGCUUCUUCCAGCUUGCCAUCAAAGUCGACUCGGUUAUCUGCUGCCGCGCGAGCCCCAAGCAGAAAGCGUUCCUUGUCAAGUCUAUUCGUCUGCAGGUCAAGGAUUCCAUUACUCUCGCGAUCGGUGACGGUGCCAAUGACAUUGCCAUGAUUCAGGAGGCACAUGUUGGCAUCGGAAUCACUGGUAAAGAAGGACUCCAAGCUGCACGUAUCUCGGACUACUCGAUCGCGCAAUUCCGAUUCCUUCUGAAGCUGCUUCUUGUCCACGGUCGCUGGAACUACAUGCGCGCAUGCAAGUAUACCCUCGGCACAUUCUGGAAAGAAAUGCUCUUCUACCUCACGCAAGCUCUAUACCAACGCUGGAACGGCUACACGGGAACCAGCCUCUAUGAGUCCUGGAGUCUGAGUAUGUUCAAUACUCUCUUCACUUCUCUCUGCGUCAUCUUCCUGGGGAUCUUCACCAAAGAUCUCGCGGCCUCAACUCUUCUCGCUGUACCGGAACUCUAUACCAAGGGCCAAACACACGGCGGCUUUAAUAUCCGUCUCUGGCUCGGGUGGACCUUCAUGGCAACCUGCGAGGCAAUCAUAGUCUUCUUCACCAUGUACGGACUCUACGGCAUGAUCCACGUCAACCCAGCAGAUAUAGACACCUUUGCCCUGGGCCUCCUAACCUUCUCCGCCUGCGUCGUGGUAAUCAACUUCAAACUACAACUUCUGGAAGUCCACAACAAAACCUACCUCUCCCUGAUCGUGGUCAUCAUCUCCGUCGGCGGCUGGUUCCUCUGGAACAUAAUUCUCUCCCAACGCUACCAGCUCUCCGCCGGAAAAGGCGUCUACGACGUCCCCGACAACUUCCUCCACCACGCCGGCAACAACCUCCUCUUCUGGCUCGUCCUUCUCAUUUCCGUCACAGCCGUCCUCCUCUUCGAACUCACCGUCUCCACCCUCCGCGCUAUCUUCUUCCCAACAGACGUCGACAUCUUCCAAGAAUACGAGCAGGAUUUAGAUAUUCGCAAACGAUUCGAAGAAGCCGCCGCCAGCGAGCUACAGCUCGGCUGGGACCGCGGAAGCAAGAAGUCAUCCUUCGAGAUCGCGAGGGAGAACGAGGAGAUAGAUGCGCGCGAGCGUCAUGUUCGUGAACUCUUGGCUAGACCACGCGUUAUGACGAAUUCCCCGUCGCAGAAACCCGCGACGCAGGAAUUGGAGGUUGGGUCCGAGGGUAGUGCCCGACUUAGCGGGAGCGUGCACGGGUCUUCGGACCGGCAUGUUGAUGUCGCCUAUACUCCUCAAUAUCCCGCUAAUCCCAUCGGAGUCGAUACCUCUGCUACUGUCCCCCCGCCACAGCCAGCACACGUCACAGGCUCAACGCCCGACCAACCGGCCCCCGAAAGUCCCUGUGCACCGCGCCGCUCGGUCGAGAUCCACGAGCUCUUUAGCAAGGGCUUUGGAACCAUCCGGAAGGGACAGUUGAAGUGA